UUGAACCGGAAAUGGAACUGGGCUCUUACUGCUAGGCGGAGCACGGCAGAUUGUAUUGAGUGGCAUUAUUAUGAUUUUGCUAGUUUAUUGCUAACAUUUGUGAAAAUAGUUAUAUGUUACUCCUGUGUAUAUGAAUGGAUACAAUGGGGUAAUGUGGACCCGUCUUUCCCUGAUCGGAUGUGACUUCGAAAGGUACUUGCACUGUUCUUGGCUUGGGACAGAGAGAAUAAGCAAGAAAAGGGGAUGGAAAAGGUGUUAUCAGCGACCACUUUUAACACCCUCGCUGAGAGAGACUGAGAGGAAGUGAAGGGAAUCCUCUGGUGUACACACAAUAGACUGAGAAAAAGAGAAAUCAUCCAGAGCUAUAAGCCACACUUCAUAAAGCAGAGGAAAUGGCUUUCUUGGACAAUCCAGCCAUCAUUCUGGCCCACAUCAGACAGUCUCAUGUGACCAGUGAUGAUACAGGAAUGUGUGAGAUGGUACUAAUAGACCAGGAUGUGGAUCUGGAGAAGUGCCAGCUGGCUCUGGUGCCCGGCAGCAGCUGUGGGUCUACAGAGUCGGGGUCCAUGAGCGAGGGAGGCAGCAGCGUGACAGACAGUCAUGCCUGUGAUCUCUCCCAGUCCAUGGACAUCACCUCCAGCUGGGACUUUGGCAUCCGUCGGCGCUCCAACACAGCCCAAAGACUUGAAAGGUUAAGGAAAGAACGGCAGAACCAAAUCAAAUGUAAAAACAUUCAGUGGAAAGAGAGGACAUCCUCCCAAUCAGUUGAGGAUCUGGGGACUUUGUUUGAAAAACGGGACUUUAAAGACAGGCCGCGAACAGCAGGUACCAAAUCCACCCUCUCACUGCGGCUGGAGCAGUGUCCCCAGCAGCUCAACAACCCCUUCAAUGAAUACUCCAAAUUUGAUGGCAAGGGCCACAUUGGCACAACUGCUACGAAAAAGAUAGACGUCUACCUCUCAAUGCAGAUGGCUCAGGAGAAAGUACAUCCAAUGACAGUGGUGACCAUCGCCAACGCCCGCGUCCACGACCUCAUUGGGCUCAUCUGUUGGCAGUACACAAGCGAGGGACGAGAACCCAAACUCAAUGAGAAUGUGAACGCCUACUGCCUCCACAUUGCUGAGGAUGAUGGCGAAGUGGACACGGACUUCCCUCCACUAGACUCCAAUGAGCCAAUCCACAAGUUUGGUUUCAGCACUCUGGCCUUAGUGGAAAAAUACUCCUCCCCUGGCCUCGCUUCCAGACAGUCGCUGUUUGUCAGAAUAAAUGCUGCUCAUGGUUUCUCUCUAAUUCCCGUGGACAGUCUGAAGGUAACAAUGAAGGAAAUUCUCCAGAAAGCACUCAAGAAGAGAAAAGGUUCACAGAAAGGCUCAGAAAUAUUUGUGCCUCUGAAGAGCAGGAAGCCUGCCAGCUGCAACAAUUUAAAAACUACAAGGCCCAUGUAUCGUCUAGAGAAGCAGACGGAGCCAAACGUCUCAGUAGACCUGGACUCGACACUGGAGAGCCAGAGCACCCUGGAAUUUUGCCUGGUCAGAGAAAACAGCUCCAGGGGUGAGGAGAGUUCAGAGGAAGACCCUCCUAUUGACAUCACUACAGUCCAAGACAUGUUGAGCAGUCACCACUAUAAGUCCUUCAAGAUCAGUAUGAUCCACAAGCUGCGCUUCACCACGGAUGUCCAGCUAGGCAUUUCAGGAGAGAAAGUGGAGAUUGAUCCAGUCACCAAUCAGAAGGCCAGUACUAAGUUCUGGAUUCGACAGAAACCCAUCUCUAUCGACUCGGACCACCUCUGUGCCUGUGACCUUGUCGAGGAGAGAAGCCCCAGUCAUGCAAUAUUUAAGCUCACUUAUCUCAGCAACCAUGACUACAAGCCUCUCUACUUCGAGUCUGAUGCUGCUACUGUCAAUGAAAUAGUGCUAAAGGUGAACUAUAUCCUGGAGUCCCGGGCCAGCACCUCUCGGGCUGAUUACUUUGCCCAGAAGCAGCGGAAACUGAGCCGCCGGACCAGCUUCAGUUUCCAGAAGGACAAGAAGACAGGCCAGUAGACUGACUGGAGCUGUUCAGCCACAUGUCUGACUGUCUUCACACAGACAGAUACAUAGACAAGGCCUGAAAGUCUCAUACACAGACAGCAGUGGGCAAACAGGAAGUGGAGAUAACGGACAAGGAAGAUGUCUCUGCUUCAGCAAAGCGAGGGGCAAGCCUCUGAAACUCCAAGAGCAAAGAGUCCACAAGCAAAAACUAACUUAUUGUUUUUCUAAAAAAGAAAAAGACUUUUGGCAGCAAUGUACACACAACAAACAAUUUAAAGCUACAUGCUAAAUCUUUGCUUCUGUCCUCCAUCUUGUUGUUAAAGAAAUGUGACAACAUGAGAAGAAAGGAAAUGAAAUAAUGAUGAUAUAGAAAUGAAAUAGCCCAGUCUGGAUUUUUAAAACACACAUUAAUAUAUUCUGCCUUGAAUCUGUACUCAGUUGACAGUUUAUUAAGUAAAUCUAGCUAAAAAGAAAAAGCACCCUAAUCAGU